UAAAGGGAAAGUUCACCGGCGAGUUCUCACUGAGUGAAAGGGAGAGAAGGAAACAAACCGUAAUUCCGAUCACUGUGAGCUCACACAUCGAGGAGGAAUGAAGUUCCUGCUACUCACCCUGGUCCUGAUGGCAGCCUGCUUCUACUGGACCAAUGCUCAAGCAAACUCAUUUGAAGACUGCUGCUUGAAAUAUGUACAUGUAAAACACCCCAGGAGGGUUCAGAAAUUCAUUGUCAGUCACCGGAUACAGAGAACAGGUGGUGGUUGCAACUUACCUGCAGUGAUCCUCAAGUUGAGGCAGGUGAGCAUUUGUGUUAACCCCAAUGAGAAGUGGGUCAGAAAUUACAUCAAUUCAACUGAAAAGAGACCAGUUAAGAGAACAUGCAAGAAACAUCCUGAAUUCUGCAAAAACUGGCACAAAGAGUAGUAUGGAGGAUGGAAGUUGACACAUGACUCUCCCUGACCGGAGGCCUUUUCAUUUUGGAAUAAAGGUCCAAGCACAUUGUAUAAGACCACACUGAGAGCAGUUAAUGCUUAACCAAGCUCAAACAUAACCAGGAGACCCCUGGGAGAGGACCAUGGAAGGAAGGCAAUGUCAGUACCAGGACACCAUAUUGUCAGACAUACAUUUGCCAGUGAAUUAUUUACAUACUUUGAUCAUCACUGUUUAAUCAGGAAUGCUGUCAUUAUAUCAAACUGCAGACAGUUUCAUUGUAAUUUCUCAGCUAUGUGUCAUUCUGUGCAAGGCCUUUUUUUUACUGUAGAGACUGAUUUAUCUUGUAUAAUUUACUCCAUUUAAGUUACCAUUUCAAUAUUUUUGGUGUGAGGGAAAGCAGUGGACACACAUCCGGGUGCUACAGGCACAGGACAGAAUAUUGGAACAGGAACAAGUCAUUCACCCACUCAGACUUCUGCAGUUUUCAAUGGGCUGCAGUGUGGGCCUCAGUCCAACCUUGCCUACAUGUAGCAAGUAAAAUAUUGUCUCAAACAUUUAGUGUAGAUUAUGUGUCACAAUAAUUGAUUGAUUCUGAUGGUUUGAUGUAGCUUAAUGCAGAAAUAGGCCUGAUUAAGUGCACUCCAGAUAUUGUUUCAAUGAUUCAAUAAACAUCCAUCAGUUUAACCAAA